GUGGAAGUCAGGAAGGACUUUUGUGCAGUGAGCGUGCGAGUGUGCGGGUGCCACGUGAGAGUGUGAGGGAGAGAGAGAGAAAGGGUGCCGGAGAAAGAUCAGUUGAAGUGCCACGCCGAUCGUCACCGCCGAUCGUCCUUCCCGGGCCGGCCAACGAUGGAUCCGUACGGUGGGGGGGCCGGCUGGCCGGCGUCACCGCUGCGGGGCGGCGGCAGUCUGUACGACAACAUUUCGAACGACGGCAUCCCGAUGGACGCGCUGGCCGAGCUGCAGGACACGGGCUUCGAGCCGCAGACACGUGCCCGCUCCAACACCUGGCCGCUGCCGCGGCCAGAUAACUUUGUCGAACCGGAAACCGAGCUGGACAGCAAUAAGUGCAGCAAUCAGCAGUUGGCCACCACCGCGGCCACCAGCAAUACGCAGCUUCAGUCGGCGGCAUCGUCGUCGUCUUCGUCGAAGAAGAACUCAUCGCGCCGGAACGCCUGGGGAAACCUGUCCUACGCCGACCUCAUCACGCAGGCCAUCAGCUCGGCCACCGACAGCCGGCUAACGCUCAGCCAGAUCUACGAGUGGAUGGUGCAGAACGUGCCGUACUUCAAGGAUAAGGGCGACUCGAACAGCAGCGCCGGAUGGAAGAACUCGAUACGCCACAAUCUAUCACUGCACAAUCGCUUCAUGCGAGUGCAGAACGAAGGGACCGGCAAAUCGUCCUGGUGGAUGCUGAAUCCGGAUGCUAAACCGGGCAAAUCGGUACGCAGGCGGGCCGCCUCGAUGGAGACGUCCAAGUACGAGAAGCGCCGGGGCCGGGCGAAAAAGCGCGUCGAAGCCAUCCGCCAGCAGGCCGCCCUCGGACUGGCCACCAACCCUCUCAACGAUGCCACGCCGUCGCCGAGCAGUAGCGUUAGCGAAGGAUUAGACAUAUUCCCGGAGAGUCCGCUGCAUAGCGGUAACUUCCAGCUGUCGCCCGACUUCCGGCAGCGGGCGUCCUCGAACGCAAGCUCUUGCGGUCGGCUCAGCCCGAUCCAGUCGAUCGUGGGCGUCGACAACGUGUGGACCUAUCCGCCCGACCUGGCCGAGUUGGCCGACAACCCGCAGCAGGACCCAUCACAAGGCGAGCUGGAGCUGGAUCUCAGUGGGCCGGCCCAGGCGCAGCUGGAUCAGCUGGCCGGCUCGCUGGCCGAUGAGCUGACGCUACAGCAGACCGACUUCUUCAAAGGAUUCGCCCAAUCGACGGCGAUGCACAACCAGCCACCGCCGCCCCCGUAUCAGCCGCCGCAGCCCUACUCGCUGAUGGCCUCGGUCGCACCCUCCUACGGUCUCCCGCAGCAACUGAACCAGUGUCCGAUUCACCGCGUACAGCACUGUACCUGCAUGCUCCAGAAUAAUGCCCGUGAGAGCAUUUCGCCGUCGUCCGGGACCGGCAUGUCACCAUCAUAUCCACACAGCGAGCCAUCCCCCGACUACGCCAUGCUGACCGCUUCGCGCGUCAUACAGCGGACGCCCUCGUCUAGUCCACCGCUAACACCAAAUGCGCUGUGCGGGUUGAUAGCGCCAUCUCACCCAGAACCGACACCGCAGACGCUAAUGGGACAGGUUAUGGAAGCUUUAAACAGCCAAACAAACAUAGACGACAUCAACAUCAACGUCGAAUCGUUUCCGUGUGUGGACGAGGUGCUGAAGCAUGAGCUCAGCCUCGAAGGUUCGCUGGACUUCUCGAAUCUGCCGCUACCGCUCCACAACAACAGCUACUCGGCGCCGAACAACUCCAACUCGUCCGACUCGUCGUCCGGUAUCAGUGCAAUGACCGCACCGUCGCCGAAUCAGCAGGCUUCGGCCCACAACCACGGUCAGUACGCGGCCAGAACGAGCGUAACGCCACCGUCGUGGGUCCACUAAUUCGGCGGACGACCACCAACGGAUCGGUGCGGUGCCCGUGCGAUCGAUCCGUUUGUACCGUUUGUAGGCAGAAUACACGUGGAACGCGGACAGUUUCGUUGCAGGGCAAGAGCUCUGUGUUGUGCCAGACUCUUUCGGCUGCCGUUCAUCUUAGUUUUGGCCUACAAACUGCAAUAGCCGUCGCGCCCCGUUGACGCACCAGAGAUGGAUCGCCCAAUGGGAAGCGCAUGAAACCCGGAGAUCUCCGGAGAUUGCCGGAUCGGUGUCGCGCGAUAGAGUGUUACAUGGUUCAUGAAAAACAACUAGAGUAGUAGUGCUAUAGGCCCGUAGUAGUCAACUAAAGCGUACGUAAACACACAGACACACCCAGCUAUCCUUAUCAUUACGCUGAGCUGUCCGUGGAUCGUGAGCGGAAGAUCCUGUGCACGUUGAUCGAACGUUGCUUAAAGCUAGGUUUCGGUUUUAUUUGUUAACAUACGAUUGCCAGUAGCUACUAUUUCAUCCUACCCAUUCGAUGGGGGGCGUGUAUCCGAUUGUUAAAAUGUUUGUUGAGCUUUUUAUUUUUGUUUUCUAAUCGAUACUUUCCGUUCACUGUGUGAUUCCCUCCGAUCGACGUGGCGGCGUGUAAUAUAGUGACCUUAGGUUAUCUGCUAUCUAGUUUAACUAGCCCUUGUUUUAAAUCUUGUUUCUGCUUGUACGCCCAGAGAUGGGUGAAUCGGAACACUACGCACUCUGGAGCCCAUUCUCAGUUGGGCUCCAGUUGCCGCCGGUAGCUUGCUGCGGGCUUGCUUAGGAAGUUAACCCUGUGUACAUAAGUGACGACAAUAUAGUUUGUAAACGAAUCUUAAUGCGUUCGAUUUCGCUUGCACUUCAUCGUUGGUCUUGUAACCCGCACAAAGCAAUUGGGCCAACUUGGGCUGGCUUUCCGACGCCCGCUAAGCUAGUGAUCGGAAUCGGACAAAGGAAGGACCUUCCCCACUCGCUAGGCUAAAUGCCCCCGCACAGUAGAGCGUAAGACCCUAUGAGAGGUAUCUUCAACAGCUGUCGAUUUGCGAGAUAUGUACUAGCGACUAAGACAUAGCCGUAGCGCAUAAUGAUGUAGACUUUAAACAAUAAAACGCAGUGCCAUUAGGGAUGAGAACUAGUACUAACCGCGUACACUGUACAGUCGGAUACAAUUUCUUGCUUGUGGUGGUACGGUUCUUUCGUGCCGGGAAACCCCGGGUACCGAAUACCGCAGACAAGAAGUAACCUAGUAGCUAUGAAUCGAUUUAACUUCUCUAUGCCGCAAUGGAGUAGGCAAAUAGUAAAGAAGAAAUUAAUCAAAAGAAAGGGACAUUUACUGCAAAUUUAAAACAAUUAACCAACCAACACGCGCGUUCACUAGCAUUUCCGGCACGAAAUUAAACCACAGAUCAACCAGUGGCGCGGUGCACUAAACAAAAGAGUUUUACGAAAAAAUGUUUCCAAUAUAGUAAAACUAUUAUCGAAAAAUAUGGUUUGGCACACACAAUAUAUGGCAUAAAAUUAAGGUACGAAAGCAGCGGGCGGAACCGGUGCGAAGAGACGCAUCUCGACAUUGUUAGCUCGUCCCCUUGUAAAUAUCAUUUGUGAUCGAUAAGUUAGUUAGAGAGCCGUCUCCACACGCGAUAGCUUUGCUCAAUUUAUUGUACAGUUUGAGUUUUUCCUUCCUAACGGACACUCUAAUUUGUUUUGAAUGCCUUAAUGCAGCUCGUUUGACGUGUUUUUUGUUUGUUAAGUUUUCUAUUACGUUUGUUCUGUGCUAUAGGUGCGCGACAUGCAGCGACAUGUAAAGUAAUGUACAACUACCAGGCGGAUGGUUAGAGGGGCACAUCGUGAUGUGGCGCCGUUUACCAUUAUCCAACUCGAUGCGAAUAUGUCAUAGACCAAGCAAAAAUUCGCAAGCCUUCGGCGUACGGAAUCAUUUAGGUUUACUUCACACAAAAAUGGAUUGUACAAUCAUGUAUCGCAAAGUUAGCUUUAAUGAACUUUUUUCUUUGUUUUUGCUUGCACAUCCUGCGAGAGACCUAGGGCCUAGGAGAGCGCACGGAGCGAAUAAUGGCGAUAGCAAUAGGGACAGAGAUAGGGUAACGAACACAUUACUUACUCUAGUAGAUGCUGAAUGGUGUGAUACAAUUGGAAGAAAAUCUUCAGAUGCUAACAAGAAACAUUCUUCGAAUGAAAACAUCCUUACUAACAGAGAGACAGCAAAAUAAGAAACCCAACAAAAUCGCUUCCAUCCAACCCAGUACAGUGGCGGCCGGCCUCGCGAGUUCGUGGCCCGUCUGGUUCGUGUGCAAUGUAAUCAGAACGAUCUGAACGAUGUACCUUUUAAGAUGUAGAAUGCAAGCAAAACAACCCCCACAAAUCCCCCCCUCGGUUACGAAGACGGCCUAUUAUAAAUCGGACGCUUCGCGGGCACUGCGAACGGCGGGCGGCCCCCUCCCUUCAAGCAAUCCCAACACCGACCGAAUGACAGGACCGCAGGUCGCUCUCAAAGAGGCACCAAUGGUCGGUAAAUUUUAAAGGGAUGAGCGCCAUAAUUCGCGUUGUGAUCAAAUGUAAAGCAAAACAAGCAAUUCUCUCGCGGUGACGACGCGGUCAGAUUUUAGCCAAGAGCCGCGCGGAGAGUUUUUGGGAGAUGGACACAAUUAUAAGCGAGUGUAAUUCGGCGCAUAAUAUUCCCUACCGAUUGAUUGAGAUGUUAGUGAGAGAGUCAGUGACCAUUGCAAACCAAGUACCCAAUGUGUUCAAAGGAAAAUUAAAAGAAAACGGAGAAACAAGAGAAAAAAAUGAAACGUUAAGGAACGUGACGUGACGUGGUUGGCGCGCGGUUUGCGAGGACCGGCUACCGGAAUGCAAGCCACAACCAAUCUCGGCGCAGGCAUAUCUCGCCAGCCAACCAACCAAGGUUAAUCAUCUUCGCUACGCUUAUAAUUGCUGGUUGAUAAUUCUCGCCCCGCGGUUGUUCAUUUCUGUUUACAUCGCCAUUUGUACAAAUUACUUUAGAGUUCCGUAACCUGUAGUACGUUAACGAAGCGGAUCGGCCGGCCAUCGUGCGGCAGCGAAUGUUAUCCGGCCUGGAAGGACUCUGGAACGGAAAGGAACGGACCGGUGUGUGUGUGUAAAAUAGCGAUGGACGGUAGUAGACACGGCGAAGGCGAAGGGAACGAUUUGUAAACGCCAGAAAGGAUGUUAAAAUAAACUAGAAAUAC